AGUUAUUUAAACAUAAUAAUAAUCGAACAAUAAGUAACUACAUGAACAUGUUGGAUAUUCUAGUUGUCUAUACUAUACUGUAUAAUGCAGCAAUAUACUUGGGGAACUCCCGCAGACAUUAUCCCUGACUUCAUAUUAUAUUAGAGUUCAUUACAAGUAAUCUGGGUGGAAACUUGAAGCAUGUCAGAAGCAAAUAAAGAAUGCAGUGGACACUUGUCUCAGAAAAGCCGAGAGACAGGCCGUGAAGUACUGGUCGUAGAUACCUCAGGGACAAACGCAGACGACCAACCUGUCGGGGACUCAAUAACUGUUAAAAUUGGGGCAACUGUGCCGACUGGAUUUGAGCACACCGCUGCAGAAGAAGUGAAGGAAAAGCUGUGCGCAGAAUCUACAAUCAGCAAAGACCGUGGAAGAAUAUACUUCGAAAUAAACUCCAAAAAUCUGCCACAGGUUCAUUGUCUGAAGUCAGUGGAUAAUUUAUUUGUGGUGGUUCAGGAGUUUUCAGAUUACCAGUUUAAAGACACCAAGGAAGAAACAUUACAGGAUUUCCAGCUGCUUGCUGAAAAGCUUCCGUGGUCGAACCCGCUUGAGGUGUGGAAAAUUAACAACUCUUUGAAGAAAAAGAGAUCCUGGCGAAAAGUUGUUAAUAAAAAAUCUACACCCAAGGAAAAUGCUAAAAAAGCCAAUGCAGAAAACUAUAGUGAACAACCUCAUUCUGAAAAGCACAGUACUGCAGAUACUGUUGACACAUCAACAAAAACACUGGAAGGUCUUCCACUGGAAUCAAAUAAAAAAACAGAAUGUUGUAGUGAUGGGGGAGAUAAAGAUAAAGCACCGAGUAUAUCUUGUGACACCCUCCAAAUUGAGGAAGGGAGAUUGCCUGGUACAGCUACCGCUGCCUCUGAUGAAGAUGUACCAGCCACAUGUGAGAAUGAUUGUGACUUGCCAGAUGGACAAGAGGCAUCAAAGCUGCUCAAGUUCCGUGUAACCUGCAACAGGGCAGGUGAAAAACACAACUUCACCUCAAAUGAAGCAGCAAGAGACUUCGGAGGAGCUGUCCAAGACUUCUUUCUGUGGAAGCCAGAUAUGACUAAAUUUGACAUUGAGGUUUUGCUAAACAUUCAUAACAGUGAGGUAGUGGUUGCUAUAGCACUUACUGAGGAGAGUCUUCACAAAAGAAAUAUCACCCACUUCGGACCGACCACCCUGCGAUCCACGCUUGCUUAUGGAAUGCUCAGGCUCUGUAAACCCCAGCCAUCAGAUAUUAUAAUUGAUCCCAUGUGUGGAACUGGAGCUAUACCUUUAGAAGGAGCUAUGGAGUGGCCGUGUUCUUACUACAUGGCUGGGGAUAACAAUGAACUAGCGAUAAACCGGACAAUCAAUAACAUCAAUCACAUACACAAUAAAAGGCAUAACAAAGGAAGUACAGCUUAUGGUCUUCCUAUAGACACUGUACAAUGGGACCUAUGUAAACUUCCUAUCAGGACUGGCUCUGCUGAUAUCAUCGUAACAGAUAUGCCAUUUGGAAAAAGAAUAGGUUCUAGGAAGAAGAACUGGGACCUGUAUCCCUCUUGUUUGAAGGAAAUGGGCCGUGUCUGCAGACCAGAGAUAGGAAAGGCGGUGCUGCUAACUCAGGACAAGAAAUGUUUUGCUAAGACUCUGUCUACAAUGGGACACCUUUGGCAAAAGUCUCACACUGUCUGGGUGAAUGUUGGCGGGCUCCAUGCAGCUGUUUAUUUUCUGAAACGAACUUCAUUGUCUUUCAACAAGAUUACAGAGGACAUUAAAAAUAAGGAACCUGCUGAAAAAACAAAGACUGAAGAAUAAAAAAUAUAUAUAUAUAAUGUAUGGUUUCCAGGAUAAGAUAAUGGGCAAGAUUUCAGAUUAUCAGUGUGACUAAUGGAGCUACGAUAGGUUAGAUUAAAAUUUUUAUUCAAUUUUUCAAUUUCAUUGUAAUUGUCAAACAUUAUUGCCCAAGGGAACCAAAACGGAUAUCACAAGAUUGUCUAAUUCCUGUAACUGUUUAUGUUGAGUCCAACAUGUUCUUCUGUAUCUUGGGUAUGUUAUUACAAAGAUUAAAAACAAUGGCUUACAUUUUAAAAGGUCAGGGUUUAAAAGAAA